AUGACGGCGCUCAUCGAUCAACAGCGCGCCGCGAGCGCCCAGCGCGGGUAUCUGUUGUUCUUCUUGUUCUUCUUCCUGCUCAUGACCGCGAACGACUUCACGCCGGCGCGGACGAGAAGGAAUCAACGAGCGAGUUCGAGGACGCUGGGGGAGAGCGCUUCGACCGGAGACGACGCGCGCGCGCCGACGAGGAAGGAGGAAGUGAGGGAUAAGGUGAUCAUAGAUCUGAGCGAGUCCAACGCGAGGCUCGAGUCGGAGAACAGACGGCUUCGGGCUUCAGCUGUUGGGUUACGCGAGGCGUUGAAGAAACGUGGCGGCGAGGUGGAGGCGAAAGAGAUUGAUGAGGCGUAUAAUUUGACGUCGCUCACUGUCUCAGACGCGCGGACGCCGCAGCUACGCGGUAGGGACAUCGAAGGGAAACUAGUCGAGGAGGAGGCGGAUGGUGUUCGUAAAACAGUCGCAGCUUCGCGUAGACUACUGCGCGAGCGCUUCGGCUCGACGCCGGCGUAG